UCUAGAUGAAAUCAUCAUCAGGGAUCCUGUCUGUCCCCCAGCUAAAAAAAAAAACAGAAAUCUGCACGCAAACUCCCGCCUGAAACAUUCACUUCUCAUUUCCGCACCAUCAUGCACCGCACCACCGACAGCCUUUCAAAGGAGAAUGAAUGCCUUUCCGAGGUUAUCUCUGAGCUCAAAGGCCAGCGCGACACGUUCAGGCAGCAAGCAGGGAAGAUGAGACAGGAGCUGAGCAAGUUAUUGCGUGAGAAGGAGAAGGUCGAUUGCGAGAAUGCAGACCUCAGGUAAACGGUCAUGGG